AUGAGUGAUAAAAUAUCGGAAAUUUUUGCUUCAUUUCAAAACUAUCUGAGAAACGAAGAAGAAUUAUGUGAGGAAAUCCGUACUAUUACAAGAAAUCUUAAUAAAAGUGCCGAAGAUAUUCUGAUGAUAUUACAAAAUAUUCAUAAUGAAAAUAAUACAGAAGAAAACAUAAUUGUAUCUCAAUAUUGUGCAACAUCAAGGGAACAUUUUAAAGAAAUUCAGGUAAACUAUGCAAGACUUGCAGAAAUUGUGCCUAAUGACCAAUAUUACAGAUUUCAUGACAAGUGGCGUGUUGUUACACAAAAAUUAUGUUUUUUAAUUUCUUUAAUAAUAUAUUUAGAAAUCAAUGUUUUGGUUACAAAAGAAACAGUUGCUGAAAUAUUAGGAGUUAAAAAUAAUAGACAAGAUGGUUUUCAUUUGGACCUAGAAGACUAUUUAAUGGGUUUACUGGAAUUACCUGCAGAACUAAGUCGUUUUGCUGUAAAUAGUGUUACCAAUGGUGAUUAUGAUCGACCUGUAGAAAUAGCACGAUUUGUUGUUAAUUUGAAUAUAGGCUUUAAACUUUUAAAUUUAAAAAAUGAUUCUUUAAGAAAACGUUAUGAUGGCUUAAAAUAUGCUGUUAAAAAAUUGGAAGAAGUGGUUUAUGAUCUUAGUAUACGAGGUUUAAAACUGUCUCCAAAUCAAAAUACUCAAAAAACAGAAUAA